UAACCUGAGCCACACCUACUUAAAAGGCAGACACCAGGAGCCUUGGGCUGAAAAUACAACUGCAAGUUUCAAGACGCUUUUAAGGAAGGUUUCAGAGUGACCACUCUAAAGCACCUGGGAUCCUAGCAGCCUGGAGUUCAGACAGUGGAAGGUUUCCGCGUCCAGCAGACACCUGAGGAUACCAUCGCAGAGAUUCUAUGAGAUGUGGCCAGGAUUGACUCCUCCCUACUGGCACCGUAGCAGAAGAUCAACGCCUUGAACACAUUCCUUAUCCCACAUAUUUCAUUUGUCCUGAGGGGAUCUGCUGUGGAGAAGGUACCUCUCAACACCAUCAGGCAACUAGUGAAGAAGUGGAUUUUUUUCCCCAUAGGACUGGCCAUUAACUGGUGUACAUCUUGCACUGGCGUGGUGGUGCCAAUGUCCCUCAAAUGGGUGAUCUGCGCAACAUCGUGGUGAUCACUCACUCCUUCCACCUUCUGACAUACCCAGACGCCAUGUUGAGGAACAUCGCAGCGAGUGCUAUGCAGGAUGUCAUCAGGAAGCGAAAAGCCAGGACCCCCUCCAACCAAUAUGUUGCCACCUACCUGAGAGAGUCACUGAAAAGGGAAUUUGGAAGAGAUGGGGGAGACCUUGCUUCACUCUGGACUCAUGCCCGCAGUGCUACGCAAUGGCUAGAGAAGCAUAUCGGCUGCCAUUGCACACGGUGCAAGGAAUGCCAGGAGCUGGGAGUCCUGGUGCCACAGGUGAAGGAUACAGAGCACACAAGCCUCACUCCAAAAGCUAGAACUAUGCUGGAGAGGUCCCUGAAGGAUGCCAUCUGCUGCCAGUAUGCGGAAAACUUGAAACAGAAGCCGGACCAGGGCAAAGCCUUCCAGGUGACGUGCAAGUGGGACGUCAGCAACCACUUCCUCUCCAAGGGAAGCUUCACCCGAUUUGCCGACUGGAGGUUCAUCCACAGGGCCCAACUGAACUGCAUCCCACUGAAAGGAGCUGUCCUCCAUGGGAAUCGGGACAAACUAUGCAGGAAGUGCGAGUAUGCCAACGAGACUCUACCCCACAUCUUGUGUAGCUGCAAGCCCCAUUCCAGUGCCUGGAAGCCACGAAACAAUGCCAUCCAAGGUCACCUAGUUAAAGCCAUCCUGCGACCAGUUGCUAUGAACUCUGCCAUCCCUGGAAUGGGCAGCCAACUGCGACUGGACAUCAUCAUCACCAACGAGGAAUGGAAGAAGAUCAUCAUGGUUGAUGUCAUAGUUCCCGUUGAAAACAGGACCCCGGCCUUCCGCAAUGCCCAAUCUCGAAAGCUGACUGACAACUUGAGAGCUAGGCAUUACGUGGUUCAAACACAUGCUGAUCGUCGGAGUGCAUGGGACCCAACAAGGAGUGUUGCGGGAAUGCGGAAUCAGUGAGUACUAUGUUCAGCUGAUGUGGGAACUCAUGAUGUCGGACACCAUCGGGUGGUCAAGGGACAUCUCCCUAGAACACAUCACCAGACAUCGGCAAUACCAGGAGUGAUGAGCUGGAGUGUCAAGAAGCAAAAUCGUGAAAGUAACUGAAAUACUUCCCUGAUGGACUGUAUUUUCUAAGGAAAAACAUAUCCUAAUUUCUCAAAUACUGAGGAAAAAUCUACGUCCAUUGUCAUAUCUGCUUUCCAAACCAACUCUCUGUAAAAAUUUUCAUGAAUGAUGUACCUGAAUAUUUGGUUACUAAUAUCUAAAUUGUAUCAUUAGAUUUAUUAAUCUAAAUGUGGGUUAUGUCUGACUACGUACCAUAUGUAUUGUAUGAC